CACGAUUUAUUGACUUUUUUGCAAUCUAUUGACCUUUGCUAAAUUCGGCCCUCGAAGAAGAAGAAGAAGAAGAAGAACGACAGCAUAAAAACACGCGGAAACAAAAGAAAUCAUAUUCCGCUCCUGAACUGCGCCAAAAUUCGAAGAAGCUCUCGUUUGAAGUUUCUUUAUUUGCGUUACCGUCGGACGAUCUGGGGGGAGGCUUGUUUCCGGAAGCCAUGUUCAAAUUCUGGGGCUCUCAGGAGCAGGAUGCUCAGCAGCCACGGCCGCAGGGAGAUUCUCAGUCUUGGUACCCUCCAUCUGUAGUGGGAUCUUCGCUGGGUUCUUCUCGCCCUGGGACACCGAGUGGUAGUAGCUCUUCUAGUGGAUUUGGAAUGAAUAGGCCGUCGGAUUCUCCAGCGUUGAAUGUGUCGCCAACUGAAGCUGCAGGUGUUAUCUCUCUUUUGAAGGAUAAAAGUGCUGAUGAUUUAAGGAAGCUACUCUCCGACAAGGAUGCAUACAACCAAUUUCUGUUUUCACUUGAUCAGGUCAAAAUCCAGAACAAUAUACGAGAUGAACUUCGCAAGGAGACCUUGCAGCUUGCAAGAGAAAAUUUGGACAAGGAACCUCGAAUAAUGGAGCUAAGAAAUCAAUGCCGGAUCAUACGAACAACUGAGCUGGCUGCUGCUCAGGAGAAACUGAACGACCUCGAAAGAAAGAAAGAUGAGAUGCUGAGGUCAUCUUCUCCAGCCUCCCUCCUCCACAAGCUUCAAGAGGCAAUGGGCAAAGCAGAGGACGAAUCCGAAGCUUUACACAGACAGUUUCUUGACAGAGAGAUCGAUCUCCCCACGUUUGUGCAGAGGUACAAGAAGCUCCGAACCACGUACCACAAGCGAGCGCUCAUCCAGUUAGCUGCAAAGACAUCAACGGGCUGAUGGCAGUGACGUUGAGUAGGGAUACUUGUGAUCUUUGCUCUCUUUUGUGUAUUCUUACAAUGCCACUAUAGGUGCUCCAAACUUCGUAACAUGUUUACUUCCA